AUGCCCCCUCCACUUUUCCAGAGCCUUAUGAACCACAUUUUCCAGCCCUUUUUACGGAAAUUCAUUCUCGUUUUCUUUGAUGAUAUAUUGAUCUACAGCCCCAAUAUGGAAACCCAUCUUACUCAUCUAAAGACAGCCUUGGACCUCUUAAGGCAACACCAAUUAUUUGCUAAGUUGUCUAAGUGUAAGUUUGCAUGCUUGGAAGUAGAAUAUUUUGGUCAUGUGGUCUCGGCUCAAAGGGUAUGUGUAGAUCUCGAGAAGAUUCAAGAUAUGGUUGACUGGCCACACCCUAAAUCCAUUAAAGCCUUGAGGGGUUUUCUGGGUUUGAUAGGGUACUACAGAAAAUUCAUAAGGGGAUAUGGGUCGAUCGCAGCCCCAUUGACAAUCAUGCUCAAGAAAAACUCCUUUACUUGGACAGAACCUUCUCAAGCGGCUUUCUUGGCUCUAAAAACUGCAGUGACUCAAGCUCCGGUCCUAGCCCUACCUAACUUUGCCCAACCCUUCGUCAUAGAGUGUGACGCGAGUGGAGUGCGUAUAGGGGCAGUCCUAAUGUAG